UCUCAAGCCAGGCGUGGACUUGCCGCUCUGGUCUGUUCUCUGUGGUUGGCACAUCCCGGAAGUGCAGCUGAUGCCCGCUUACCUAGCUACUGUGCCAUGUAACCGCUUUUCUUCACAAUGGAGCCGCCUGAUACUAGAGUUCUCCUUUCCCCACCUGAAGAAACUCUGGCUCCUUCACUUCUAAAUGAGACUGUAGACCCUCCCUUGCCAAACUUAACGCCAAGACAUCAAGAUCUUAUCCCUACGCCAUGUGGUCCUAUCAAGCCGUGGUCAGAGCUGUCCUCUCCCGUCAAGAUCUACUUCUGCGUCACCAUCCUCUCUCUGCUGAGCGUCAUCGGCUUAACUGUGGAGAACCUCGUCCAGCAGACUCACGAAGACUUCACCAUCUCUCUCAUUCAGCUCAUUGGUGUUGUCUUCUGCAUCUACUACAUGAGCCGGGGAAUCCUACAGGAGAACCGCCAAGAGCUGAUUGUCUUCAUCCUCUCCAUUUUCUUGGUCAUGCUGCGUUCCGUUAUCAACUUCAUGGUUCUCUCCUCGGAGCAAAAGCCACAGUUGAUCGCUCGUUUUGUGUUGAUCCUCCUGGUUGGGGCUUUUGACAUCAUCUGCGCCGUCGUCCUCAUUCAGAGCGACAGCAUGAUGGCCUUCCGGGUGGGCGGGGCUUUGGAGAGUCUGCAAGCCCAGUACUUCAUGCUGAACCUCUGCUUUUCCAUGCUGACCUUUGACCUCCAGGCUCAGCUUCUUGGAUCUCUGUCCUCUCCUUUCCAGCUCUGCUUGUGUGUCCUGCUGCUCACGACCCUCCAGGAACUCUCCCUUCUCCACAUCAUCUUCCUGGCAGUCGGGAUUCUCUGGGCUUGCCUGAAAGUCACCUGCGGCAUCAUUGCUAUAUUAAAAGAGUUAAAACCUUUAGCCUGGGUUUUCCUGAGUCAGAAUUUACCUGAAGUGGCUUAUCUCACCUACCUGCUUUAUACAGUUAUCCGAGAGUGGGGCCAAGGGACUUCCUAUGCUCUAGAAGCAGCCGUCGUCACCUGCUCUUGCAUCUCCGUGGCAAUUAAAAGUGUUCUGUUUUGGGCGCUGUUCCAUGUCUACCACAGCUUCGGGCAAGGGUUGAGGGAAAGGAUGUUUUCUUCCUAUGGAAGGAUAGAUUCCUGAGAAGGAGCGGCAACCUUCACGAGGUUUGACGCAGAGCUCUUAUAGAGCAACGUUGCACCCAGGAAAUUCCCUGUACUCCCCCACCAGUGACCUGUAAAGGUGAGACCCCUCCCACAGAGCAGAUCGCAGAAGAAAGGGCUUCCUAGCAGCAUGCGGCAUCUGGCGUCUCUUGCCUUACAGCUGGGACUCUUGACCCAUCCCUCGGGGUCACAAGCCAAGUGGUUCACUCUCUCCAUCUCUCCACACUGCUCCAUCUUUGCUGCUAUGCUCAGCUUCAAACCAGUCACGGUGAUAACCCGUUCGGUGUGGCUUGCUGCAAGGUCCUGGCGUCGCUCAGAGCCAACAUGGGCAUUCUUCCUUCCCUGUCAUCCUUGCCUACCCUUUUAAGUAGGUGCGGGCAUUGGGAUUUGGCACAGUUAUGGCUGGGGGAGCGCACCCUCUUUUUGCUCCCCGUCUACCGUUUCAAAACUCCUUGCAAACCGGAGCUGAAAUCCUCUCUUCCCCUUCUUCACCUGGCCCAAUCAUCUGGAGACCCUGCCGGAUGCUUCUCCCCAGAUUUACAAGCCGACACACAGCCCCACUCUUCAGGUACCCAACUGCCAGCGUGGGGGGGCGGGAAGGCGGACCAUGAACACAAAGAAGGACCGUCCUUUUUUAAACUCCCCCACAUCAUUAUGAGGCAAGCGGUGUUUGCUUGGCAGGAACUGCGACCUGGUUGCAACCACAAACAGCAACCCUGCUGCUCUGAGAUUGAGACCUCUCUGGCCCGACCUAAAGAAAACAGCCAUUUCCCAGCCCUUCCUGGCACACCUGAAUUCUUACAGGGCUCCCUCAGUGAAGGUGGGACGCAAAUUUGACAAGGAGGCAAUUCACUGCUUUGACAUACCUUGAAACCUUGCAGGAUUUCUGCACCUGUUUUUAUUCCCUUCCAUCAGGUGGCCUCAGAGAGACACUCAAGAGGCAAAGUUCAAUUUUUUUUAAUUGGUCCUGUGAUACGCUCGCCCCAGAGGUGGCUGACUUACCAACAUAGUGAUUACAAUCAGAGAACGUUGCCUGCUGGGGCCAUCUCUAGGUUGGGAGCAAGACGUACUGGCAAGGUACCUUGAACAGCAGAUGGAACGUGUGCACGCCACAUUAAUCAUUCCCCUCCUCAUACUCAUCCAGGGACAAAAAGGUCAAGGGCUGGAACUUCCUAGUGAGCUCCUUCGAAGUGCAAGAUAGACACAGCUGCUCUUCUCUUCCUGAUGGCUCAGCUCCAGGGCUCUCCAGACCCUGUGGCCUUGAUUCCCCACUCCUAAGUUUCACACGCUGCCUGACAGUCCAGGUUUGCGUCGCUCCGUAGUGCUCACAGUGUGAUCGCACACUGCAUAUUUACAGCUGCCGCUGCACAAUCGGCCCACAUUUUACCUCUUAGGAGCGGCGUGUUCUUUAUGGAGUCUCGCAGCAGCCGUGCAUUUCAGCUUUGGCCCCGGAAUGGCUCAUACAAAUUCACCACAGGCCAGAUAAGAAAAUUCUCCAGCUCCCUCCAGAAACGGCAAUGAGCUCGUGUCUUUGUUAGCAUGGCUUACGUCUUGCAGAAUCUAAAUAACUGACUUUUAACCCUUCUUCUCCCCCCCCACUCCGCAGUUUUCUCCUGCUCUUGCAAAAUGACUGACUCACCUUCUCACACGCUCAACCAACAUGCUAUUUUACAGUUUUCUUUUCCACCCAAUGUGUUGAGUACUAAAAUUUUAAAGCUUUGUUAUUUUAUCAAAAGGGUUUGUUACCAGCCUUGUAUUUUUUCAAUAAAGUGUCAAUAACAACA